GAUAUUUUUUUCUAAAUCGUGAAUAAUCUGGACUAUGUAUGGUGUGACAUAAUCUACCAAAUACCAUAAAAACUAGAUUCACAUUAAUACAUAUAUCAAUGUUCACAACAUAUUUACAUAAUUUAUUUUGAAUAAGUAAAGUGUAUAUUUUUAAGGACUCCAACGAAACUGUGAAACAAAUAAUAAUGAAUUUGUCGCCCCAUGUCGCCCAUCUACUUCCAGAGAUUUUGGCAAAAAUUGCGACCUUUCUCCCGACCUACUCUCGUGCACCUUGAUCAACACCACGUGGGAACAUGCAGUCCGGAAACGUCUCUUCGUCGUCCGCCGGUAUAUUCUGACCCCAAAAAAUCUCGCCAAGUACGAAGAAAUUAUCACCAAGAGAGAAGACUGCCCCAGAAAUAUGAAGCUGCAUGACUUCAAAAACCUCACUUUCCAGGGUCCCUUAGCAUCUCUUAUUUUCAAGCAUGGCCACAAAGUGAAAACCUUAGAAAUAGAUUUUGUCCUGCCGAACGACAAGUGGCCCCAGUAUUUCGAAUCUGUCGCAAAUGCUUUCCCGACCCUUAAUUCUCUCACAUUAAAUGUAUCCAACACUUCAGAGAAUAACUCAAACCAAGGCAAUUCAUUCUAUGAAUCGAACAUCCCGCCAAGACCGUAUUCCUUCCCGAAACUCACUAAACUCGAAAUCAGUUCGUUCCAAAGAGGAAGAAAUUAAGGCAACACUUGUCUCAAUGAUGCCCCAAUUGAUCCCGCUAUUUCCAAAUCUUGUCACCCUCUCAUUACUGAAAAUUUAUCACCCAGACCUUCUAAAUUUCGCGGGAACUUUGACAUCUUUAAGGUUGAUCAAUGUCGACAUAUUACCCGCCCCCAUGCCACAAAACCUGUCAAAUCUCACCCGGCUAGAAUUAGGGAAUAAUUGGGGCGGGCCGCCGGGAUGUUCUGCCCUGCUUAAAAUGGCCGCCAGCACGAUAGAACACGUGAAGCUCUUCGCAUUGCAAAAUUAUGGACUGUUUCGCAGUCUGCCCGAUAUUAUCGAACAUAACGCCAUAGUUUUUCCGAUAAUGGGUAAACUAAGGGAUUUCGAAGUAAUGCUAAAUCCCACGGGCAAAGGCUACCGGGAGCCGCAUGUGACGCCAUGCAUUUGUCUGAAAUUUGAGGGGGCUGAUAGCUUUCGGCGGUUAGAUUAUGAGGUUCAGUUCCCCGUUUUGGAAAUGAUCAAGAUUUCACGGGAAGAUAUUUGUGGGUAUCGAAGCACCUUGACCGAACAGGAAUAUUUCGAAACGGGCGCGUCGUUUUUGUACAAUUCGUUCCUGCACGAGAGUAAUUCGAGGGGGAGAGUGUGAAAUACUUUGAUGUCGCACUUCCCCCGGGGACAAGUUUAAAUUGAUGAGAAUAGAGGAGUGUGUGGGAAAGUGUGGGAAGCGAUUCGGUCACUGUGAGUGUUUCGAGUGGAAGGAUUCCACCCAAUUUUGGGACAGGGUGUUGGCCGUUUUUCCUAAUUUAGUGAAAUACGCGGUUAUGGAGGGAGCGCGGGAUAAGGCGAGGACGGCAGAGGUUAAACAGUGGGUCGAGUUAGGGGAAAAGUUGGGCUUUGUGAAGGAAAUUAGGGGGGAAGACGCGGGAAGAAGGGCGGAUUUGAAUUUAGGGGACGAGGUGUAUCUCGAAGUAGUUGAAAGUGUUAAAAUAUUUAAAGUGUAAACCAUAGGAUACGUUCAUAUGUACUUGUGUGUAAUUGGAGUGUUUGUUAAUAGGGUAUUUAAUUGUUUGAAUAUUAAUAAUGUAUUGAUAUUUUCGCAACAAUGAAUGAUUUGGCAGCAAAAUCGUUUUAUGUGCAUUUAUGAAAAUUUUAUAUAUAUUUUUAAUACAUGAAGCGUAUGCAUGUAUUUACAUAAACCGUGAACAAAACAUAAAUAUUUAAUUAAUAUUGUGCCACAUAGCGAAAUCGUCCAAUUCGAUAAUGAAUAAAUAAAACAAUGCUUUAUCGGUGUUAAGUGUUUAA